UUUAUACUAUUACUCCUUUAUUUUUUUUUUUAUUUUUUUCUAAAGAAAAACAACGAUGGCUGACCGAAAAGAAGAAUUAACUCAAGCUAUUGAAGUACAAGCUGCUAAAGUACGACAAUUAAAAGCAGAAGGUGCCGAAAAGACUGUGGUUGAACCUGAAGCUGCCAUUUUACGUACACUUCAUCAAGAAUUAGCUGGUUUGGAAGGUGUUAAAAAGACAAAGACAGCCAAAAACUCAUUUACUCUCAAGACUGCCAAGGGAACAAAAGAUUAUAAUGAUAAGGAAAUGGCUAUUCGAGAAAAGGUAUUCUCAACUAUUACCAAGGUAUUCAAAAAACAUGGUGCUGUGACUAUCGAUACUCCUGUGUUUGAACUGAAGGAAAUCUUGAGUGGCAAGUAUGGUGAAGAUUCCAAAUUGAUUUACGAUUUGGCUGAUCAAGGUGGAGAAGAAUGUUCUCUUCGAUACGAUCUGACAGUGCCUUUUGCUCGGUUUUUGGCCAUGAACGGGAAAGAAUAUCAAAACUUGAAAAGAUACCAUAUUGCCAAGGUAUACCGACGAGACCAACCUGCUAUGACCAAGGGUCGUAUGCGUGAAUUCUAUCAAUGUGAUUUCGAUAUUGCUGGUUCUUAUGAUCCUAUGAUUCCUGACGCUGAAAUCUUACGUAUCUUGUGUGAAGCUCUUACCAAUCUUGAUUUGGGCAAAUUUACUGUCAAGCUCAAUCACAGAAAAAUUUUGGAUGGUAUUUUCCAAGUGUGCGGUGUACCUGAAGCCAACAUUCGACCUAUCUCAUCAGCAGUCGACAAAUUAGACAAGUUACCUUGGGAAGAUGUCAAGAAGGAAAUGACUCAAGAAAAGGGAUUGGAUGCUGAAGUGGCAGAUAAGAUUGGGGAAUAUGUCAAGUUGAAGGGAAGCCGUGAUUUAUUGGAAAAAUUAUUACAAGAUGAAGUGUUGACCAAAAACAAGAAUGCCGCGGAAGGUCUUGCUGAUAUGGGAUUACUAUUUGAUUUUAUGGAUGCUUUUGAAAUUACUCAUUUGAUGUCAUUUGAUCUCAGUUUGGCUCGUGGUUUGGAUUAUUAUACCGGGAUUAUCUAUGAAGCAGUUACUGAAAAAUCAGCACCUCCACCCAAACAAGAUGGUGUCGUAGAUGACAAGAAGAAAAAGAAGAAUAAGAAUGGUGAAGAAGAUGAAUUAGAUGAAUCUACUGUGGGUGUUGGAUCCAUUGCGGCUGGUGGACGAUAUGACAACUUGGUGGGUAUGUUUAGUGGUACGAACAAGAAGGGAGAACCCAAUUUGAAGAUCCCUUGUGUUGGUGUCUCUAUUGGUGUUGAACGUGUAUUCUCUAUCUUGAUGGCUAAACAACAAAGUGCAGAUAUCAAGAGCAAUGAAACGGAAGUGUACGUUAUCUCUGUUGGUGAUUCUUUACUGAAAGAACGUAUGCAAUUGGCAAAGGAAUUAUGGGAUAAUGAUAUCAAGGCAUCCUUUAUGUUCAAGACCAAACCCAAAUUGGACAAGCAAUUUGCAGUGUGUGAAAAGGAUCAUAUUCCCUUAGCAGUGAUCAUUGGUACGGAUGAAUUGGAAAAAGGUUUGGUUAGGAUCAAGGAUAUGCGCUCUAAAGAUGAAUCUCAAGGUGGUGGUAUUUCUAUUACUCGUGAUGAAAUGGUUGCUACACUCAAAUCAAAAUUGGCUCAACUCUAGAUUAGGUUAUUAUUAUUUUUUAGAUACUUUUUUUGUCUUCUUUUUUUUUUCUUAAAAAAAAAAAAUGAUUCGUGUUACCUGAAUAAAAAAAAAUCAUUCCUCUUUA